UCCGGAGAGCGGGCUCUGUGGCUCCCGCCCGCGGGCCCGCGGAGCUCGUCGCGGCGUGGCCAUCUUUUGGAGCGUCGAGAAUCCAUGAAAUGUGCGAACGACCCCGCGGCUCGAAGUCCUGCAGGGAGUCCGGCGCGCUCGCCAAUCGCUCGCUCUGCUGACCACUCUGGUUCCGCGUGCAUGUGGGGCCUGGAAAUCGAGGCCUCUCUCCGGAGUAUGAGCGCGAGCAAAUUCUCGUGAUUCCUGGGUCAGUAGAUCUGCCGCUGUGGAGGUUUAAGGAGUGUUCGUCUGCAGGCGUUCUGCGGAGUCAUUCUCGUACUCGUUCAAGUCUCUGUGACAUCCUCCUUAUCUGUGUUCUGCGCCGACGGUCUCACUCUGUCCCUCGCCCUCUUCUUGCUGGUCCUCAGGUCCUCUAAAAGUUUCUACUCGCUCACCAAGCAGCCGAGAGCAAUGGUGUCAGCUGAGCCAACUAGUGGAGGAAGCGAGCCAGUAGCAGAAGAGAUUCUUUUGGUGGAAGAGAAGAAUGGUGUCGGCAUUGUCACUCUAAAUCGGCCGAGGGUUCUGAAUUGCAUCAACAUAGAGAUGAUUAGCAGCAUGAUCGACGCUUAUAAAAAGUGGGAGGAUGAUGAGAAUGUGAAGUUGGUCAUUUUGAAGGGCAAUGGGCGAACCUUCUGUGCCGGUGGUGAUCUCAGGAUGUUUUACAAUCUGGGGAAGUCAAACGAAGGAUGGACUGAAGUAGUCUAUGUCAAGUAUUGGUUCGAUUAUCACAUUGCUACCUACGGAAAACCUCUUGUCGGUAUACUUCAUGGAUUAACCAUGGGCGGAGGUGCGGGCUUGACCGUUCUCGGCAAGUACAGAGUUUCCACUGAGAAAACGGUAUUCGCAAUGCCAGAAGCUGCUAUAGGUUUCCAUACAGAUUGUGGAGCAUCUCAUUGGCUGUCACACCUGCAAGGAGCACUCGGGGAGUACAUGGCAUUAGUCGGGGCACGUUUGGAUGGUGCUGAAAUGUACACAUGCGGCCUGGCAACCCACUAUGUCCCCACAGAGUCACUACCCCAAUUAGAGGCAAGAUUACUGGAAUUGGAUUCAGGAGACGCAAAUGUAGUGGAUGGAGCGAUCAAAGAGUUUACAGUUCCAGCUAAGCUCGGCGAAAACAGUAUAUUGAUCAAGGACAGGCUGGCUGUGAUCGACAAAUGCUUCUCAAAAAGCACCGUUGAAGAAAUCGUUGAAGCGUUAGAGGCCGAAUCCAAAGAGCCAGGCCAACAAUGGGCUUUAGAGCCCCUUAAGAUCUUGAAAAGAUCUUCUCCCACUGGCCUUAAACUGACUUUACAAUCGCUUCGUAUUGGCCGAACUGGAACACUACCCGAAGCUCUUCAACGAGAAUAUCGCCAAACCAUUAAUUGCCUACGAGGACUUAUCUCUGAUGAUUUAUAUGAGGGAAUUAGAGCAGUUGUUGUUGAGAAGGACAAUCGUCCCAAGUGGAAUCCAGCAACUUUGGCAGAUGUGUCAGAGGAGAAGUUGAAGCUCAUGGUCGAGCCGUUCAAGCCGGAACAUGAACUGCACCUACCCACCGAUGGAACCACUCCAAGGUGGGGUGGCAGCUGGAAGGACAGAGUGGAGGCUCUGCAGGGAGUAGCAUAAGAUCAAUUCGAUUUAAGCAGCUGGUCUUCCAGGAUAAAUCGUAGCGAUGAGCUCCAAAUGAAUCUGAGUCAAAAUCUCUACAUUUGAUUCUUCCGAUUCUUUUGUAAAUAUCUUCAUACCUAAAUACCAGGUACGGCUGACAUAUUUCCACAGGAUGUUGAGAGAACAGUUCCACUUUAAGAAAUUUUCUCAUAAAUGGUACAGGACGCCUCACUAAAAUUUGCGCUCAUAUCCUUCACAAAGAUCGGGUGAGUGAUAUGGAUGAAACAACCUGAUCUCUUAAUAAUCGCCUAGGUAGGAGUUAUAGGGCUGCUAUUUCCCGAACGUCUCUUUCAAAGGCCUAUGACACUAACGGGCACGUAGAUCGGUAGAUCGUCACACAAUAGAGAUCGUAAGCGUUUCCCCAGGUGUGCGAUUUGGACUGGAAAGCAUUCAGCUUACUUCCCAUAGGGAGACUGACCGAGUGGUUAAAAGAGACAGACAGUAAAUCUGCUGAAGAUUUUCAACGUUGGGUUCUUAGGCUUUGAUGGUCUCUAUUAAGACAUAUAUAACUUUGGAGAGGGUGAAUCAGCCGUUGGGAUGAAGAGCUCUCGGUGACGUGGACAAAUCUGGUUUCCGAUGUCU